UUCCUACCAUGCGCACGCACACACACACACACACACACACACACACACACACACGAGGCGAUUGAUGCUCUCUCCCUCCUUCGCUUUUCCCAGCUCCAGCUCUUUACACCUCGUGAGACUUUGGUGACUCUGGUCUCACACUACAAAGGAACCGGUUCUGCACAGCCGAAGCGCAUGGCAUCCCAGCAGCACCUCUGCCAGCCCCUCAUUUUACUGCACACGGCGGACAAAAUAUAAAGAGUGGAAUGGCGCAAAGGCUGGAGGGAAAACACAAAUGUAAGGCUGCUAGUUGAGAGGGACGGCACGAACUCCUGAGUGAGCCACUUGGCGGAGAGGAAUCAAGCGGUUUGAAACACAGGGCAAGACUUGGAGGAGGAGGAGGCGGACACUGUUUGAAGAAAGAUGAAGGCAGUUAGAAGCAAACAGUCUGUGACUUGGAUCGAAUUGUUGGCGGGAUUGAAAAGAAGAGAGGGGAAAGUAACAUUGUUUCUUGGGCUUUAUUUGCUCACUAAAUUGUGACCUCCAUCUUUUUCAAGCUGCAUCUUUUCUCUUCUGGCUGAGUUGCACCUGCUUAAACCAGGAAGGCAUCAGAAGUUGUCUUCUGUUGACACUCUUCUAGAGGCUGAUCCUUCCAUUCCCACAAGUUUUGAGACAUGAAGCUGUGAGAACGUGAGGGGGGAAAGAGGGACACGGAGGGACGACGGGGAGAGAGCGAAAAAAGGAGGAGGGGAGAAGUCUUGUGAUGCAAAGAGGCGCGUGGCGACGAAAUGCAACACGGAGGCAUCGUGGCGGCAGCCCUGCAGAGACAAAAGGUUUGCAGUGGUGCGUGGAUGUUCGUCAGGUAGGCAAGCCGCACAACGGCACAACACCGCAAAUGCAAUCAAUAUUCCCUUCUGUGAGCUACCUGCCACUGGGCUCGCCAUCUGGCGGAGAGCAGCAGGGGAGAGGCGGCUGCUCGAAAGGAACACGCUCGCAACCCGGCAUGGAAAAGUACGAUUGGAAGGUGUGACACAGCUGCCUCGAUUGUGCCCUCUAACGUGAACGAAGACGCGAAAGGAUCACAGGUUGCUGUGGAGCGAUUGAUGCACUCGUGUUUUUCUGAAAGUUGUCCAUCAAAUGGCCCCCCGUGCCAAGCCAAAUGGAAAUGACAUGAAGAUGGACAUGACCCAGCGGAGAUUGUUCACUUGGUGUCUCGACUGAGACGAUCGCUCGUGAGCGUGGGCCGCAGGAGACGGAUCGGUCGGUGCCGCAGAAUCCAAAAUAUCAAAUUCUUCAAGAACACACAAGUGACAUAAAAUACAUCGCAAAGACAAAACGACGACUUGAGAAGUCAUACUCCAAACUUGUGACGUCACGGUGACGCCUCACUGGGUUUUGCGCCGUCCGUGGGCUGCUUUCACUGCUUCGUGAGUCUGAAGGAAACUUCUGAACUGUGUGCCGGCUACAAAAUGACAACGUUCCAUUUGGUCAACGUGGACAGAUGCUUCGAAACCCUUGACAGUAUCUUUAACGACAACCCCAAAGUGAUCGAGGCCGGCAGAGUCGGGAAAGCCUACGAGGUACAGCUGCAGAACAUCAUGAAGUCGCAGAUUCUUCCCCUGGUGAAAGAGUUUCGUCAAACAACCAAUUACGACACCGUGUAUGAGAGCAAGCUGCAGACAGCAGCCGACAAUUUCAUCGCUGAAGCCUCCAAACUGCCUCGAGCCACUGGAUGCAUCCCCCCGUGCGGCUUUCAGACUGCAGACGGCCAUUACGACUGUGUCAAAUGCAAAAAAGAUUCCUGCAAUUUUCCUCUUGACUGCCCAGUUGAAAACAGAACCGUGGAAGAGAACAAUCCAGUCCAAAUGUUGUGCGAUGUGUCAUUUCCAUUACCCCAAAAUACCAAGAUCAUGAAGAUUUGGAAGUUUGCAGAGCAAGUGAAAACUCGGCAGGUGGAGUUGUUUGAAGAAGUGACGGUAGGGGAGGACAACCUCUACUCCAUCUCAUCUACCAGGACGCACCACCAGGGCACCUACCAGUGUGAGAUCUAUUCAGAUGAGAUAGCCAUUGCCAGAAUUUACUACUAUCUCACAGUGACCGCCCACGUCGUGACGGGCCAUUCCGAGCUGCAGGAGAUAUUUGAGCGGUCUCUGCUCCCUGGAGGGAGGUUACAUGCUGAGUCGCCUCGCCCCUCUCAGUACCUCCCAUCACGCGUGCUCAUCGCCAUCUGCUUUACAUCUUUGCUGCUCCUCCUCAUCCUCUCCUUGGGUGAUCAGGUUGCGGUGGCAGCAGCCAAAGCAGGAAAGCCCAGACUUCCCCUCUCCCCAGCCUCUUCAUCCAGCUCUUCCGUGGGAAUCCCGAAGCAUUUCUAGGCCGGCCUCAUUUACAAAUAGUGGGUGAUAAAUUGCGUGUUCACCCACUUUGAUGACAGCAUUAUUGGCAACAGGCAUAAAGGUGCCGGAAACCGCCUUAAUGAAGAUAA